GGAUUCUUCUUUCGUCUGUUUGGGGAUUUUUUGUUAAAAAGCAAGAGAUGGUCAAUCCUGUUUCACCGAUGUGUCUGUUUAGAGAAGAUGCCAAACCCAACGGUGAGAGAGUUCAAUCUUACAGCGAGCUACCCUUCACUGACGACAUCGCUAACAGUUUGUAUGCUCUCCAACUACUAUUGUUGCACUCUGUCCCCGUUAUUAGAGAAUUACAAUUCCCUGACCCUGAUCUAGACGCAGAUGGUAAUUCCGAAAUGGAGGAUAUUUUCACAAAAAUUGAACGUCUUUGGAGUUUGAAGUUGGAUCUUGUUUGGAAAAUCGAUAAGACAUCGACGGUAUCUAUUCUCAGUGGAGAAGGUAACGGUGACCUGCUGGGCAGUGCCUCAUGGGUGGAAGACAAAGAUAAUGUUGGUGUUGACCAAAUGAUCCAACUUAUAGGCGAGCAACACAAAUUCACUGCCUCCAUGUUUGGCGGUGGUUUGUUGGCUGACUUUCUUACCGAUGAUAGAAAUGAUAACAAUGACUUAGCACUCAUGACUCCUUGGAUGAGGUCAGAAAAGGAGAAGGCUAGUGAUCAGGAGGAGGGUAGUGGUAAGCAGCAUCCCUCAACUGUUGAUCAUAUAAAAGCAUCUGGUUGUAAAUCAGGCGAAGCAUACGGUAGCAGGUUUUUGGAGCAUGUUCUUGGCAUUCUACUUAGAGAUAAUGCCACCAAGGAGAAGUCCUUGGUAGAAGAAUCCAAACUUGACUUCAACGAGGCGCUGCAUACAGAGGAGAAGUUGCUUAAUGCAGCGCAGCCACCAGAGGUUAUGGACAUGUUCAUAAACAGCAUAAGGAUUGCGUGGCUAGCAAAACAUGCAUUUGAUCGACAAUAUACUGUCGCAUUCCUUGAUGCCACAUUUGUGUACGAAUUAAAAAGUAAGCACUACCUCAAGUUCAGCAAGACAACAAAUAAAGGGAUGUAUGGAUUUGAUCCUGAUGUUCUAGAGUGCACCCCCACUGGUUUUGAAAGGCUUUACAUAACUUUUCUUUAUGACAAGCAGCAUUGGGUUGACCUCUCCGUUCAUAUGAAUGAUUACAAUAUUAGUAUCAUUGAGUGUUAUUGUGGGUUAUGGCGGGAAUCGAAGCUCAAGACAGCUGUUCAUGCAUUGGCAAAUAUGUUACUAUACCUGUUUCGAAUUGCUUCCAACCAAGGCGGGAAAAAUAAAAAUAGUUUGCAGCCGUUUGGGAUACAUAGGGAGAAAGAGAUACAGUAUGCAUGUUUUAUUAGACAGUCAGGAGUCAUGGCUGCCCAUUUAAUUGAAGCUCAUGCUAAUGGCGAGACUACAUCUUGCAAACUUGUGAAGCUUGUUGAUGUGUUCACUAUUGCAAAGAAGUACAUGAUUGCUGCAUACGAGUUAGCAAAUGGGCCAGUUUGAGUCUUCUUGCACCCUAAUCUACCUUUUGAGACAUUUUUCUUGUGAUAUUUUAACCUUCUUGCCCUUUAUGUUUUGUAUAGGUAUACCGAGAGUUUUAUCUGC